UUGGAAGUGAAUAUGGAAAGCGAUUGUUAGCAAAUGGUAGAGCUUACCCCAGGAGAAUGUCAUUUAACUUUUACCUUAAGCUCAACAGCUUUAUAAGAAAAAUAUUUGUGUGACUCAGUGGUCAAAAUUCAUUUUUAGAAGCGUUCUGGGGAAUUCUCUGGCAGCCCAGUGGUUAGGAUCCACAUUUUAACUGUUGGGGUCCCAGUCUCUAUCCUUGGUUAAGGAACUAAGAUCCUGGGAGCCAUGUGGCAUGGCAAAAAUUAAAAAUAAAAUAAAACUACACUUGAUAUGAUUAAAUAUGUAGAGAUUUGGGGAAAUGAACACAGCAGAUAUGUUAAGAGGUGUUCCAAAAUGGGAAAAAGCAUGCAAAUAAGUGACCUUUGGAUAUUCAUGACAAACUUCAGAGGUUUUUAGUUCUACCUAAGGCUGACACUAUGUUUUCUUACCAUGGUAUAGCUUCCUAGUUUUUCAAAAGGAGCAAUGGGAACCAGCAAUGGAAGUUCCAGGACAGACUUCAUCCUUCUGGGCUUUUCUGAUCGGCCCCAAUUGGAACACAUCAUCUCUGUGAUUGUCUUCAUCUUCUAUAUUAUAACCCUGGUAGGAAACACAACUAUCAUUCUUGUAUCUUACCUAGACACCCAGCUCCAUACGCCCAUGUAUUUCUUCUUAUCCAAUUUGUCUUUUGUGGACCUCUGUUACACAACUAGCAUUAUCCCCCAGAUGCUGGUAAAUCUAUGGGGUCCAAAAAAGUCUAUUACAUAUGGAGGCUGUGUGCUCCAAUUCUUCUUUGCCCUUGACUUGGGAGCCACAGAAUGCCUUCUCUUGGCUGUAAUGGCUUAUGACCGCUAUGCUGCUGUCUGUCAACCUCUUCACUACACAGUAAUAAUGCACCCGGAGCUUUGCCAGAAGAUGGUGUUGAUUGCCUGGUUAGGUGGUCUUGGCAGUGCCUUAAUUCUUUGCUCUUUGACUUUGAAAUUGCCAAGAUGUGGGCACCGGGAGGUAGAUAAUUUUUUCUGUGAGAUGCCAGCAUUGAUCAGGAUGGCUUGUGUCUAUUCAAAAGUAAUUGAAGUUGUUGUCUUUGCUCUUGGGGUGGUAUUUCUUCUGGUACCUCUGUCACUAAUUCUCAUCUCAUAUGGAGUCAUCACUCAAGCUGUCAUGAGAAUCAAGUCAGCAGCAAGGUGGCGAAAGAUCCUUCAUACAUGUGGUUCCCACCUCACAGUAGUAUCUCUGUUUUAUGGAACAAUCAUUUAUAUGUACAUGAAGCCACAUACUAGUGCCUCGCAAGAUGAGGGGAAGUUCCUUACUCUCUUUUACACCAUUGUCACACCCAGCCUUAACCCUCUGAUAUACACUUUAAGAAACAAAGAUGUAAAGAGUGCAAUGAAGAGAAUAUUGUGGAUUAAAAUAAAUGUCCAGCGAAGUCAUGAAUUAAAUAGAAAAAUCAGAGUGUAGAGAGUUAAAGAAAUAAUAUUGACCUUUCCCAACAGAAGAUUAAUCAAUACUUUUAUUCAAAGAGCACUUCUUGGGUGUUUACCAUGUACCAAGAAUUGUACUAGGUACUGACUCUGUAAAUAAAUAGGAAGUAGGGAUAAAUGAUAAGGAGACAGAUAAAUAAAUAUACAUAAAUAAAAUGUAAUUCAUACAUUUAAAAGCUUCAAGAUUAAUCAGGGACUACAAAUAAAUAAAU